AUGUCUCAAUCAGGAAGUGUAAUUAAAUUUAUCCUAUCUUCAAGCUUUGAAGUGCGCAAUAGAAAAUCUCGAACACCAAAUUUCUUAGCCAUGCGUGAAUGUAUGCCCAAAGUUCAACAAAAUAUACGUGCUGAGCAUUUUCAUAAUUGUAUCUUCUUCGGAGGGACAAGAAGAAGCGAAGCACAGGUCCUAUACUCAUCAAUGUCCAACGUUAACUCGUCGCCGCUACUCUCAUAUGGUAGACCCAGAGAAAAUCCAUUGUCCUCCCAGCUUUCUGAUUUCAAUUUAGACGAAACAUCACAACACCAAAAUACGCAGUCUUCGUUUUUGGGAGGUAAUUUAACUAGUAGUGGAUUGCCACAUUCUACUACAGGUAGAGAUGGCAAUGAGAAUCCCAAUCUAGGGCACGGUGCGCCAGAAGCUAGUGAAACAGCCCAAAGGAUACGUGUGAAUAGAGGUGUUGCAAACGUUACAAAAGUUACGGACAAAAUUUCCGAGACUGUUUUAGAAUCGUUUGAAGAGUUUUUAGAAUCUUUCAAGAUCCCACAGGAUGAUCCUAGUUAUGAUGAAAAUUUUGACGGUAAAUUGUAUAUUGGGAAAAUUGCUAAAAUGGUCAAUGAUGAAAGCACCUUACUUGAAGUUGACUUUAAGCAUCUAGUUUCCUACCAAGACGGUAUUUUGGCAGAUGCAAUAUUGGAGCAAUUUUAUAGGUUCUUGCCAGCCCUUCAAGCUGCUUUGCGUAAAGUUGUGGCACAACAUCAGCCAGAAUAUCUGAGACGCUCGACUACUAUUACGGCCACAGAAGACGCCUCUAAGUCUGUCGAAAGAGACUUUCAACUUUCAUUUUUCAAUUUAUCUACAGUUCAUAGAAUUAGAGAGUUAAAGGCAGAAAAUAUUGGUAUGUUGAUGGCCAUUUCAGGCACUGUCACCAGAACGAGUGAAAUCAGGCCCGAACUUUACAAAGCCGCUUUCACGUGUGAUGUGUGUAAGGCAUUAAUCACCAACGUCGAACAGACUUUUAAGUUUACAGAGCCUACCUCUUGUAUUAAUAACACAUGUGUGAAUCAAUCAGAAUGGACGCUGAAUAUUGCCAAAUCCCAUUUUUUAGAUUGGCAAAAAGUGAGAAUACAAGAGAAUUCAAAUGAAAUCCCGAAUGGUUCAAUGCCACGUACCUUGGACAUCAUUUUGAGGGGUGAGUUAGUUGACAAGGCAAAGCCGGGGGAUAAAUGUAAGUUUACUGGUACAGAGAUAGUUUUACCUGAUAUAACACAGUACCAAUUGCCGGGAAUUAAGGCUGCAACAAUUCGUACUAGGGGUUCCUCGGCUGCUUCAGAUCCUUUAACUUCUGGUAUUAAUAUGAGAUCUUUAGGGGCUCGUGACUUAACUUAUAAAAUUGCAUUUUUAGGUUGUCAUGUUAGUUCAAUGUCAGGCAAAGAUUUAGAUGAGGGAGAAGAUGAUAGCAGUUCUUCCUUGGAAGUUUUUUUGUCGAAUUUAACUUCGUCUGAGGUUGAUGAAUUAAGAGAUAUGGUUUCUGAUAGAAACGUUUACUCUAAAUUGGUUCAAUCAAUUUGCCCGACAGUUUAUGGACACGAGGUCGUCAAAAAGGGGGUUCUUUUGCAACUACUGGGUGGGGUUCAUAAAAGAACUAUUGAAGGAAUAAACCUCAGGGGUGAUAUCAACGUCUGCAUUGUUGGUGAUCCAUCGUGUGCAAAAUCGCAGUUCUUGAAAUGGGUGAACGGGUUCUCCCCAAGAUCAGUUUAUACCUCAGGUAAGGCGUCAUCAGCUGCUGGUUUGACUGCUUCAGUUGUUAAGGAUGAAGAAAGUGGUGAAUUUACUAUUGAAGCUGGUGCUUUAAUGUUAGCAGAUAACGGUAUUUGCUGUAUUGACGAAUUUGAUAAGAUGGAUAUUGCUGAUCAAGUGGCUAUUCAUGAAGCAAUGGAACAGCAGACAAUUUCAAUUGCCAAAGCAGGGAUCCAUGCUACUCUAAAUGCAAGAACAUCUAUUUUAGCUGCUGCAAAUCCAAUCGGUGGUAGAUAUAACACAAAAGUAGGGUUGAGAAGUAAUUUGAGUAUGACGGGGCCAAUUUUAUCGAGAUUUGAUUUGUUUUUUGUUAUCUUGGAUGAAUGUAAUGAGGCUGUCGAUACACAGUUGGCUACCCAUAUUGUUAACUUGCAUUUAUUCAGAGAUGAUGCAUUGCACCCGCCUUAUUCCAAGGAGCAAGUACUGAGAUAUAUUAGGUAUGCCAGAAAUAUCAAACCUAGGCUUACAAGGGAAGCAAGAGCUUACUUGAUCCAAAGGUAUAAGGAGUUGCGUGCGGAUGAUGGAAAAGAUGGUCGGGCAAGUUAUAGGAUUACAGUUAGACAGUUGGAAUCUCUUAUUAGAUUAUCUGAAGCAAUUGCCAGGGCUAAUUGUAAAGAUGACGUUGUGCCAGCGUUUGUUGCCGAAGCUUAUGACCUAUUGAAGCAAUCAAUCAUCAGAGUUGAGAAGGAAGAUUUGGAGAUCGACGAUAAUGAUUAUGAUGAUAAUGAUUAUGAUGAUAAUACAGACGCUGUUGGUGAUCGUGGAAACAAUAAUCAUGAAGAUCAUGGUAGUGAUCAUGGUAUGCAAGAGGACGGUGAUGAAGAUAUGAGGUCUGCUCAAGAUCUGCAAUCCCAGCAUGCAUCGGCCUCCACCCAAAAAGAGAAGACGCAUAUUCCAUACCAAGUUUUUGUCAACCUUCGUAACCUGUUCUUACAAAGAAUCAAGGAAAGAGAGAACGAAAUAGAUAGAACAGAUGCCGAUGAUGGUGAUGAAGAAAAUAUUGCUACAACUGGUUAUACACAAAAAGAAUUGUUGGAUUGGUACAUGAAUGCGAUUGAAGACCAACUUGAUUCUGUUCAAGAAUACUACAAGGAGCUAAAGAUUGCCAAGAAAGUGUUGAACAAACUUGUUAAGGAUAAUGUCUUGAUGCGUGUGAAUCCAGAUCCGACUGAUUUUACCCAAGAUCAAAUGCCUCCUGAUCUAAUAAUCACUCCUGAUAUGAAUGAGGCUGAGCGCGAGGCAACGAUUGCAGAGCAAAACAAUUGGAGAAGACGUAAGAAUAAGGAACUUAACAAAAAACUUAUUUACAUAAUUCAUCCAAAUUGUUCAUUAGAAGACCUACUAGGUGAGUUUGAACAAGAGGAUGAAGUUCAAGAAGAUUAG